GGAUGUGCCAUACACUUAUUGCCGUCCUCCCUCCGUCUUUUGAUUCCAUUGCCGUCAUUAACUAUUGAAUUCCUCGCCCACAAAAAUCCCUGUUUGUCAUUUAGUCCCCCCAGUCCCACUCCAUAAAAAUGAAGCACCAGAAACUGCUCUACCAUCAAUUCUCCUCCACAAUCUCACCGGCGUUUUAUCACCACCACCACCACAAUCAUGAUUCCAGCAACCGUCAUCUUCACCGCGGCCAUCGCCGCGAUCCUCCUCGCCGCGAUCUGGCGGUUCACCCGCCCGGCCAGCAAGAACCCGCCCCUCCCGCCCGGUCCGCCCGCCUUACCCAUACUGGGCAACCUCGCCUCCCUCGACCCGGAGCUCCACUCCUACUUCGGAUCCCUGGCCCGGAAAUACGGCCCAAUCCUCCGCCUCCAGCUGGGCCGCAAGCUCGGCAUCGUCGUCUCUUCCCCGACCGUGGCCCGCGAAAUCCUCAAGGACCAGGACGUCACCUUCGCCAAUCGUGACGUCCCCGACGUCGCACGCGCCAUCGCGUACGGCGGAUCCGACAUCGUGUGGACCCCGUACGGCGCCGAGUGGCGGAUGCUUCGGAAAGUCUGCGUGCUGAAGAUGCUCAGCAACACCACCCUCGAUUCCGUGUACGGGCUCCGCCGCCGCGAGCUCCGGCGGACGGUCGGGUACAUGGCGGGUCGGGCCGGCGGGUCGGUCAAUUUCGGGGAGCAGAUGUUCCUGACGGUGAUGAACGUGGUGACGAGCAUGAUGUGGGGAGGGACGGUGGAGGCAGGGGAAGAGAGGGAGCGGCUGGGUGCGGAGUUCCGGCGGCUGGUUUCGGUGAUUACGGAGCUGUUGGGUCAGCCCAAUUUGUCGGAUUUUUUCCCGGCCCUGUCGCGGUUUGACCUGCAGGGGCUGAACCGGAAGGUGAACGUCGCCGGGAUGAAUUUCGACCGGAUUUAUGAGGAGGUUAUCAAGAAGAGAGGGGAGAUGGAAAGGGAAGGGAAGGAAUCGUCUGGCGUGCCGGAUUUCUUGGAGUUUCUGUUGAAGCUGGUGAAAGAGGAAGGCGGCGAUGCCAAGACUCCUCUCACCAUGACGCAUGUCAAAGCCCUUCUUAUGGACAUGAUCGUGGGCGGCACAGACACAUCCGCCAACUCAAUCGAAUUCGCAAUGGCGGAAGUGAUCAACAACCCACGAGUCCUCGAGAGGGCACAACAAGAGCUGGACGAAGUGGUUGGGAGGGAAAACAUAGUGGAAGAAUCCCACAUCCACAAGCUUCCAUACCUGAACUGCGUCAUGAAAGAAUCGCUCAGACUCCACCCGGCCCUCCCAUUGCUCGUCCCUCACUGCCCGAGCGAGGACACCGUGGUGGCGGGCUACUCGAUCCCUAAGGGAUCGCGAAUCUUCGUGAAUGUCUGGGCGAUCCAUAGGGAUCCUUCCAUCUGGGAGGAUCCCCUGGAGUUCAAGCCAGAGAGGUUCUUGGACGAGUCGAGAUGGGACUACAGCGGGAAUGAUUUGAGCUACUUCCCGUUCGGGUCUGGAAGGAGGAUAUGUGCUGGGAUCGCGAUGGCGGAGAGGAUGUUCCUGUUCUCGCUCGCCACGUUCUUGCAUUCCUUCGACUGGAAGCUGCCCGAGGGGAAGAAGAGCGUGGAUCUCACGGAGAAGUUCGGGAUCGUGCUGAAGCUGAAGUCGCCUCUCGUUGCGAUUCCUGUGCCGAGGCUGCCGAACCCGUCGCAGUAUGAGUGAUGAUGAUUGGUGCACGGGUAGAGGUAGCUAAGGCCUAAGGGUGCUUUUGGUUAAGAAAUGAAACACAAAGGAGAUUUCGUUGUUAAUGUUGUUUUGACUUUUGAGUUUGUUACCCAUAAUUUAAGUCUCGUCGCUUUCGAGCUCGCACUUUUCUAUAACUACUUUUUUUUUCUUGGAUAAUGUCUAUUUUUUAACCAAAAAAUUUCCAGCUUCUUUUAUAUUAUGC